AUGCCAGCCGUUGAUGCCACGUCAGCGUAUGGGGAGUUUCAUGGGGACAAGCCUUUUCGUGAGGCAAUGGCUGCUUUCAUGACACAUGCUCUCAAUCUUUCCCACGGUCCCUCAUCCUCCCCCCACAAUCCGCAAGAGUCAAUCAAGAUCGAUCCUGACCGUCUGGUGAUAACAUCUGGAGUCACUGCAGCCGUUGGAUUGCUGGCCCAUGUGCUGGCUGAUGCAGGCGAUUCGUUCAUUGUUCCAACGCCUUUCUACCCGGGUUUCACAGUGGAUCUAGAGCGACAGGCCGGUGUGACCAUUAUCCCUGCUGCCACCUAUAGCCACACUGGAUUCGAUAUAAGCACAUCCUCGUUAGAAGCUGCUCUCAGGGAGUCUCAGCAGGGGGAGGGAGGUGAUGAGGAGCCGAGCCUGGCGGGAGGAGGGUCGGAGGAGGAUGAGAGGGCAGAGAGGAGAAAGGGAAGCGGAGUGAGGAAGGAGAAGGGAGGGAGGAAGGAGCGAAAGGAGAGGAAGAGAGGGAAGGUUCGCGGUGUAUUGCUGUCAUCUCCUUCCAACCCUCUGGGCCGCACAUAUUCAGAUGCUGCACUUCUCACAGUACUGCAGUUUUGCAGGAAAAACCGUUUCCAUCUGAUUUCUGACGAAAUCUAUGCCGGAUCGGUCUAUAGGGGGGAUGGUUUUAUAUCACUUCUGCACCUUGCUGAGCCUCAAGAUUAUCCCUUUCUGCACAUCUUUUAUGGACCUUCCAAGGACUUGGGAAUACCUGGGUUCCGCAUUGGUGCUUGCUACUCACUCAACCCCACUGUCCAAUCAGCAGUCACCAAACUCGCCCGCUUCUGCUCCCCCUCUCGCCACACCCAAGCACUCCUCGCCCCUCUAUUGAGCGACUCAGUAUUCACACAAGCCUACCUCUCAGAGAACCAGCGGCGGCUCAGAAAAGCCUCGUCUAGAGCACAAGAAGCUCUGUUGCAAAUAGGCGUGCCGUGCUUGACUGGAAGCAACGCAGGAGUCUUUCUUUGGUGCGACUUUCGAGAGUUCAUAACACCUAAAAACAGCUUUCAAGGAGAGGAGGAAUUGUUUCUUCGACUGCUGAGGGAAGGGAGGGUGAAUAUCACACCUGGGGCUGCAUGCGGGUGUAGUGAGCCUGGGUGGUUUAGGCUGUGUUUUGCCAGUUUGCCAGAAAAAGAAUUGUCAGUGGCUUUAAAUAGGAUAUCGAGAACCUUACAGCCCUAG